CCUCCCCCCUUUGCAAACAGUCCAGUUUUGAGAACUUUAAAGAAGCAUUAGGAGGAAACAAAAACAAAUUUUCUUCCCCACUCUCAGUCCUUUCCUGGUGCUUUGUUACUUUAUCUCCCCCACUGUAGUGUGACAGCAUCUCAAAGUCAGCUGUUUGAGGACGUGCUGAGAACGGCAAAAUGUCCCGAGUGCCAAAUGUGGAAAGUCCAGUGAAGUCCCAGCAUUCAUCUGAACUCAAACAGGACUCAGACGCAAUGUCUCAGCAGCUUCUCUAUCGAGCUCUCGUGUCUGCUAAAUGGGUGUCUGAAGCGAUCAAGUCAUCUCAGCCUGGGUUGGCUGUCCGACUCUUAGAUGCCUCCUGGUAUCUCCCCAAAAUGAAGCGUGACCCCCGGAUUGAGUUUGAAGAACGGCACAUCCCUGGCGCUGCUUUCUUUGACAUAGACCAGUGUAGCGACCGUGCAUCGCCUUAUGAUCACAUGCUCCCCACAGCAGGGGAUUUUGCAGAGUAUGUGAGCAAACUGGGUGUGAGUAAUGACUCCCAUGUUGUGGUGUAUGAUGCGAGUGAUCAGGGCUUGUUUUCAGCCCCUCGUGUCUGGUGGAUGUUCCGGGUUUUUGGGCAUGAUGCCGUUUCCCUCCUAGAUGCGGGACUGAAAAACUGGCUGCGGGAAGGGUAUCCAGUCAGCUCCGGAAAGAGCCGUUCUACUCCAGCUGAUUUCCAUGCCUCCCUGGAUAAGUCAAUGGUGAAGACCCACAAGGACAUUAAGGAGAACAUUGAGUCGCGGCACUUCCAGGUUGUCGAUGCACGCGCUGCAGGGCGAUUUAGAGGGGUGGAGCCUGAGCCCCGGGAAGGUAUUGAGCCUGGCCACAUCCCUGGGUCAGUAAACAUCCCAUUCACUGAUUUCCUAACUGAGGAGGGCUUAGAAAAGAGCCCUGAGACUAUUCAGAGCUUGUUUCAGGAGAAGAAAGUGGAUCUCUCUAAACCCCUCGUGGCCACUUGUGGUUCAGGUGUCACAGCAUGCCACGUGGCACUGGGGGCAUACUUGUGUGGAAAGCCUGACGUGGCCAUUUAUGAUGGUGCUUGGGUGGAGUGGUUCAUGAGGGCACGACCUGAGCACAUCAUCUCCGAGAGCAAGGGGAAGAUCCAGUGAGACACAGUCAUCAGCCUCGAUUGAGGCAAAAACGUUGCCGUGACAAUAGAAAGAGGACAGUCUUAAAAAUGAUUAAGAUGUUCUGUUGUCAAGUUAACAUUUUCUGUAAUGAAUGUGGGUGUUUUGUGGUCCCAUUGUCUUGCCUACUUUUAUGGGAAGGGAUGGUGUCCCAUCCCACAACACUUUGUUUAGGGUGGAGCAAAGCACUGGUUAUGGGAUGGCAAAACAAAAAUAUUUUGCUGUUGAAUAUGAGAAUUUGGGGGAGGGGGUUCUGCUUCACUGGACACAGCACAGGAAAAGGACACAUUUUGGGAAUUAAUUUUGCAAUCUGUGGCAAAUUAUUUAAUUUUUCCAGAGCUUGGAACAGUUAAUUUUGGAGAGUAUGAUUGCCAGAAUCCCCUAGCCACCAUUAAUUAGGGAUUCUGUGAUUUAUAGUCCACAAACUAACAUUUCCAAGCACUACAUUUUCUUCCCUUCAAUCAUUUUUUUCAUAGAAUCUGAAAUGAAAUUUUUACUCAUUUUUAAGAAACAAUGUCAGAUUACAAAGAUCCUGUUUAAAAUUAAAAGCAACUUUUAAAGUA